AUGAAGCUAUUUGUAGCAAUCGUUUUUGAUCUUAUGAUCUCGGCCAUAGCUUCAAGAAUAUCAGUAUCAGAGGCUAUGAAAGGACUUGAACAUGAUCCUAAUGGACUUGUAGACAUCGGGGAUGAUGGAAUUUUGCGAUCCUUUGAUAGCCGUGGCACCGUUAUUGAUUAUCGAAGACUGACUACUGAUGAGCUUCAUUCUCUUUCUAAAGACUUUGUCAAAGGAAAUGAUGAAAGGCUGCUCGCAAUGUGGGCUAAUGUUGACAGCUCCCUGGUUGAUGAAGAACAGAUCUGGAAUCCACGCCAGGAUUAUAUAAAGCAGUUUGUCUCAGAGGCCGCAACAGGAAGGCUCAAGUCAAGAGCAAAGCGUGAUUCCCUUCUCUCCCCUAGGGAACCACAUUGUACCGAUUUUACAUGUUGGUCUCAUAGCGACUGUGCAGGACCGUAUGUAAUCGUUGGUUUUGUACAGAUUACUGUGCACCUCCAGGGCAGACUUCGCGAAGCGCAAUGCGCGCCCUCGUCUCAAUCGGCCUCAUCGAAUUUUACGACCAAAAAUCCACCCACGUCGCUUACGGGAGAGGUCGCAAGAGUCAAUCACCAGUCUGCCUAUACGGCUGAGAGCAAUCCUGAAGCUUCCAUGGAGGCCUCUGAUCUCUCUUUGGCCAUGGCCACCAAUACCACUGCCGAUAAAACCCAAAGACCGCACUAUCCGAUGCUGAAGGUGCCAAUCCGGCGCAACCAGAUCCAGACACGAUCCACCCUCUUGAAGCCAACCCAAAGCCAGGUCAUUUCCUUACCAUUUUCUGGUACGAUUCCGGGACGACAGAAAAAUUUCCUCUGGAGACCAUCGCGGAUGCAAUGGAAGGCAUCUGGGAACAACGGAGAUACUGCAAGCAACAUGAAUGCCAAGAGUUCCUUGCAUCCAACCCAUAACCAUUUUUGCUGA